AUGCCGGCUGCACCGCCGGCCGCUGGCGUCGCUGUGGCGCCGGAACUCAGCGUGUCCCGUCAGGACCGCCGAAAAACGAUAAAGGGUCCGAUCCGGACCUUGGGACGACGAGGCGGUUCCACCGCAGGACGACGCGGACGGGUCCCGUCCGGACGCCCGGACGAUGCGGUAGGUCCAUCGCGGGACCAUGUGGCGGGUCCACCGCGGGACACGGUGACGGGUCCCCUGCGGACCGGGGGGAUGAGGCGGCGUGUUCACCGCGAGACCGUGCGGCGGGUCCACCGCGAGACUGUGCGGCGGGUGCACCGCCGGGCGACGUGGAUGGGUCCCGUCCGGACCGCCGGACGACUCGGCAUGUCCACCGCGGGACAACGCGGCGGGUCUACCGUGGGAAACCGUGGGACCAUGCGGCGAGUCCACCGCUGGACAACGGUGACGGGUCCCGUCGGGACGCCCGGACGAUGCGGCGGGUCCACCGCGGGACGACCGUUUCUCACUCUCACCGGAGUCAAAGGAGAAGACCCAGGCAGAAGCAGAAACGCUACUGACGCCAAACGCAGUUCAGCAUGCCGGCUGCACCGCCGGCCGCUGGCGUCGCUGUUUUGCCAGAACUCAGCGUCAAGGCGAUUCCGGGGCAUGGAGCUAGCAUUAAGGGGUUCCCCGACCACUGUGUCGCUGUCCGCGAGUGCGCGGAUUCGUGCGCGGAGCCGAAUUCCCAUCGGACGUCGGCUCGCCAAAGCCGACGGUGGGGGCGAGGAUGGAGCCAACGACGGGGUUCCAGGCUGCAGACGACGCCUAGGCCGACGCCGACGACGACGCCGACGACGAUGCUGACGACGAUGCCGACGACGGGUGCAAGUCCGGAGAGCGUUCGUUGCCUAAUAUGCUGCCUGCUGUGCUGUGUGGCUGCUGCACACCGGUGUUCCAGAGCAAAGACCCUUAGAGAGCUCCGGGAGACUUUCAGCGUUUCAAAUUGAGCUCUAUGCUAAGAAGAUCCUUGCCUAAACCUAGCCAGGUUGUCUUCAGUGCAGCCGGUUCCUCUCAAA